AUGACCGUAAACGCGACAUUUUUGAUAGUCUUGGCGUUGGUGAUGUACGGUGCUUUAGCACGGAACACGGACAGCAAACAGGAUUUUUUUAAUGACGCGUUCAACAAGAAACACGGUGGUUCUAUGCUGAUGGAGAUCGCGAAGGAGCUUGUGCAGAGAUCCUCGACCAGCAGUCAAGUGUUGAAUCUGAAUCUAUCGAAUUUGCUAUUGCUGCUGGUACUGAAAGCGGUCGUAUUUGGGGCUGGAUAUUUGGGAAACCAUGGACACAAAGGACGCGAUUUGGAAGAAGAAAAUGUUGUAUCUGAAGGUGAAAUCGCGUUGGCUUUGGGAUACUUGAUGGGAGACACGUGUUUGUAUAGAGCAGCCUGUGAAGAGCCAGACGUGGCGAAGGAAUAUCUUGGAGCCGCGGAAAUGAUCAUCGAAACGAUGAAAUUAUUGCCACAAAAUUCUUCUGUCGACGGGAAGUACGAAAAGACAAUGAUGGAAUUCCGGAAGGCCAUCGAGCAUGGUGUCACGGAUGGCUGUCCGCCCGAAUAUACUUGUAAAAAGGAAAAUAUCAAGAACUUUUUAAGGGAGGGGUUAAAAUGA